GGAUUUAUGGAGCAGUUUGCAGGAACGAGUUCGCACCCGGGGAAAGAGGCUCAGUGAUGCAGAAGCAGUUCACAAAUGCAGCCAGGACCUCUGUGAUGCUUUGACCCAUAUCCAGGAGAAACUGAAAAGUUUUCCUGAUGAAAUUGCAAAGGACCUGCGGGGUGUUCAGGCACAACUGCGGAGACAUGAGGCCCUGGAACAUGAGCUGUCUGGGGCCGAACAGCAGCUGCAGGCGUUGGUGGAUGCAGCUGAUGAGGUCCUGCACCAAUGCACUACACAGCAGAGUGCGGCCCUACAGGAGAAACAACAGGCUGUUGUGGAAAACUGGGAGAUGCUGAGAGCUAAAGUGGACCUUCGGAGAGAAGACCUGGAACAUGCCUGUAAAAUCCAGAGGUUCCUGGCACAG